AUGUUGUCGUCAACACCAACUGAUCUCCCCACUUCCCGAAUAGAGAGGCACGGCAAACACACGCUCUCUUCACAUAUCAUCCCCGCCCCCAGCCCCCGCCUCACACCGCACAUCGACCAACCUAUUUUUGUGGAUAGAGCAAGAGCCUCACGGGCGGUAGAGACGAUAAUAACAGGUCGACGCGAGAUUCUCAAAUUCGGAACGCCAAACACGCAUCGCCUCUGGAAUUGCGUCAACAGAUACGUCAGCAAUCGCGUCGGGCAGGGAUUGACGUUUGUGUUCGUUCCUGGAAAUGGGAUACCGAAAGAGACGUAUGAACCCGCAGUUCAACAUCUGAUCGCUGCUUCGCCAGAGCUUGUUGAUGAGGUGUGGAUGUGGGAAAGCGUCUUCCAGGGUGAUAGCGGGGUGUUGAACGCCGGGAAACUAAGUGGGGCCUAUAACUGGGAAGACGAUACGCGAGAUCUCGUCGAAUUUGUCAAACAUUAUCUCCCGUCCAGGACGAGACAGAGACAGCUAGUCGCGUUUGGAACGGUUUCUCGUCGAGAAAGAUCGUCUUGGUGGGACAUUCGUAUGGAGGUUGCGUCUCGUGAGAACCUUUCUGCUAUGCUUCGAAGUCUCAACCUUACCCAUUCCAGUGCACUCGCAGCGCUACAAUACCCCAAACUCUUCCAUUCCUUAAUCCUCAUAGACCCAAUAAUCGUCCCUCCUCGCCAUUUCGACAGUGGUGCCGGAAAGAAAUUGAUGACUUCAUUCAUGAAAGGAUCCUUACUCCGACAAUCAACGUGGAUGAAUUGGACCAUCGCUGAAGAAUGUCUGCGACAAUACAGACCGUACCAAAGCUGGGAUCCUGCAGCGUUUGACAGGCUGAUAGAUCACGGUCUGCGAGAGAGUGAGGUCGACUCCCAGGUCCAUCUUAAGACUUCGUCGAUCAACGAGACGAUUCUGUAUGCGGACCCGAUCACACCUUCCAUGGUGUACAGCCGUUUGCACCAAUUAGACGCGGGGAUACAGCUGAACUGGGUCCUGCCUGAGAGCGGAGGAAUAAUCGGCCCGUACCUCACGCAGAAGAUGAUAGAGCUACGAUCGGUAAAUACGAAGAGCAUGACGAUACCCGGCACUAGCCAUUUUAUACCCCAGGAUAAACCAAAGGACUUUGCGGACGCGAUAUUACUACUGAUAGAUGAUAGAGGGCAUGCGAUGGCCAGGCUCUAA